AUGCCUCAAGCAAUACCGUCCAAUGGCGCCGACUCGCGACCCAAAGUCCUCAUCCCCGAAAAAGUGAGCGCAGAUGGCCUUCGUCUGCUGCAAGCCUCCCUGGAUGUCCACGAAAAGAAAGGCUUGUCUCCCGAGGAGCUGCAGCAAAUCAUACCAGAAUAUGAUGCUCUGAUUGUUCGAUCAGAGACCAAGGUCAACGCUGAGCUGCUUGCAGCUGGAAAGAAGCUCCGUGUUGUUGCCAGAGCAGGUGUAGGUGUCGACAAUGUCGACCUGCAAGCGGCCACCAAGCUUGGCAUCAUUGUGGUCAACAGUCCACAGGGCAACAUCAAUGCCGCGGCAGAGCACACAAUCGCCUUGAUGAUGGCCGUGGCAAGGAAUGUCGGUGAAGCGAGUGUCAGCUUCAAGGGAGGCAAGUGGGAAAGGUGAGUGCUGCCGAGUUAGUUGAGUGGAAUUCCGCCCUGACGAUUCCUAGGAGCAAGUUGACUGGUGUGGAAGUCAAGGGCAAGACAUUGGCCCUUAUCGGUUUGGGAAAAGGUAUGAAGGUUCUAUCGUAGCGGCAUUGGGGCAUGUUUUCUGAUGGCACGCAGUUGGUCUCACCGUUGCCCGUGCUGCUGGCGGCCUGGGCAUGAACCUGAUCGGCUACGACCCCUACGCAAACGUCAAGCUUGCCGAAGCAGCCAAUGUUGAGAUACUCUCCACCAUGGACGAGCUCUUCGAGCAAGCCGACUUCCUCACCAUCCACACUCCCAUGAUCGCUUCCACCAAAGGCAUGAUCAGCUCCGCCGAAUUAUCUAAAAUGAAGCCUACCGCACGAGUUCUGAAUGUGGCACGAGGCGGCAUCAUCGACGAGGAAGCCCUCCUCAGCGCUCUCGAAGCAGGCAAGAUCGCAGGCGCAGGCCUCGACGUCUUCACCUCGGAGCCACCCAAGGAGGGAGACUCCGCCUCUAGGCUCGUCCAGCACCCCAAAGUCGUUGCGACUCCCCAUCUCGGCGCCUCCACCGUCGAAGCACAGGAAAACGUCUCGAUUGACGUCUGCGAACAAGUCCUCUCUAUCCUCUCGGGCCAAUUACCACGCUCUGCCGUCAACGCACCCAUCAUCAUGGCGGAAGAAUACCGCACUCUGCAGCCUUUCGUCUCUCUGCUCGAGAAAAUGGGCUCCCUCUACACGCAACACUUCGGGCCCUCCAACUCUGCCCAGCGCGUCCGCACCGUCUUCGAUCUGACAUACGAAGGCACGCUCGCCGAAACCCAAACUACCAAGCCCCUCUUCGCCGCCCUCAUCAAGGGCCUCAUGUCCCCCAUCACCGAAGAGGGGACCUCGAACAUCAACAUCGUCAACGCCGAACUCGUAGCCAAGGAACGCGGAAUCCUCGUCAACGAAUCCCGCGCCCGCAACCCCCCCGACAGCGCGGAGGGAUAUUCCGCCUCCGUCACGCUGAAAGCCCGUCUGGACCCGCGCUCUGCCUCCGCACAACGCGCCGCGCGCCCGGAGCCGCCCGUCCGCGCCGCCACCACGACGGGCAGAAUCCAGAAGAUCGAAGACCAGCUCAUCUCGGGCUUCGUCUCCAACAACACCCCCUACAUCUCCCGCCUGGGCCGCUUCGCCACGUCCUUUGUGCCCGAGGGCGCGCUCUUGAUCUGUAGGAAUUACGACGAGCCGGGCAAGAUUGGCACCGUGGGCGGGAAGCUGGGCAAGGCGGGUGUGAAUAUCCGAUCCAUGAGCGUGGCGCCCAUCGACGACGAGGGGGGCAGGGGCAAGGGCCACCACGACGACAACGACGGGGAAUCGUCGAAGGGCGAGGCGGCGGCGGCGAAGAAGGGGAAGGAAAACGAAGCGUUGAUGAUUUUGGGCGUGGAUGGGGUGGUGAGCGAGGAGGUGAGGCAGGCUUUACUCGGUGAUGAUGGGGUUCUGGAGGCGUAUCAGGUUGUGCUUUGA